AUGGCUCCCACUCCGAGGAAUUACGAGCGGGAGGCUCAGUACCGUCCACACUCCACAGUCCGCUCCAGGGGACAGGACAAAAGGAUCUCGAGCCGACCUCAGAGCGUCCUAGCACACGAUGGCUUCCACUCCGAGGAAUUACGAGCGAGAGUGUCCUGGGGCUCCUAUUUUGACCAUAUCAUUGAAUGGAACAAGCACUUUGAUGAUGAAAAUAUUAUGUUUAUAACUUAUGAAGAACUGAAAGAGAACCCAAAUUUGGGAGUGAAAAAAAUAGCUGAGUUCUUUGGGUUCUCCGUGACUGAUGAAGAGAGUCAAGCUGUUGCAGACAGGAACAGCUUCCAGACUAUGAAAGAGAACUCCCACAAAACCCAUGGGGCACUUGGAAAUGUUCUCUUCCGCAAAGGCAGUGUUAGUGACUGGAAGAACCUUUUUACUGAAGCUCAGAACCAAGAAAUGGACAAAAAGUUUGAAGAGUCCUUAGCAGGAACUAAACUGGGAGCAAAGAUCAAGUAUGGGGUGUACUGCAAAGCAUGA